GACAAUCUCCCGCUUCCCCACCCCUCAUCGCCCUCUUAGUUCAUCCUUCAAAGUUCCAAUCCAAUUCCCACACAUCAUCACGCAUUUCCCGCCAUCGACACAAAGGCGCCCUCAAUAGGUACCCACGCGUAGCUGCUUACAGACGCCGGUUCCGAAUUGAUGAAGCUACACCUUUGUCCAGCCCCUCGCUCUCCGCCCCUCGUGUUUCCCCCUCUCUCUUCACCCAAGGUCGUGUCGGCACCGCCUUGAGAGCUUGCUGCCUACGAGUCGUCCUCUGACCCAUCUUUCAGCGAGACAAGUCAAAAGUCUUGGCGGGGCGGCGCGUAGCCGAGUUCAGACAUAGCAAGCCAUCCACCACCGCGGGCCAUUGCGUCGAGUCACCCUGCACCGGGGGUCCAAACCACAGCGCGACCAGUCUGACGAUCCCAAUUCGAGCACAGCCGAGAUCCAUAUCCUCACACGCACCGAAGCAGAUACUGGACAGCCAACCGAGACAAUGUCAACCACCGACACAGAGGAAUCGCAACUACAGCCAGCACAGCUGCUGGUAGACGCCAUGUCCAACGACCGUCGUUUCGGCCUCAUCCAAGACCCGGCACUAAUAUCAGAGGACGACGACAUGCGCAAUCCGUCAUCACCGGAAACGAUACCCUCCACCCAGGUCGCUGACACGCCGGAUGAAGUCGAUAACGGUCCUUCGGGGUUCAGGUUGCGGGUCAACGAAGAGGGUCCUGUCGAUACUAUCAUUCCCUCGUCUGUGACCCCCCCGCCUUCUUCACAGAUGCCCAACGCCGCCGGGACGGGGGCGGCCACCUCGUUAGCUUUUGCAAGCUCACAGCGUUCUGGGUAUUUCUCCCCUCCCGCGACAACGGGUAUUUUUGGAAGCAAGAGGGAAGCCAAUACUGCUCUGGAGUUCAAUCCACCCGCGUCGCAAGAGAUUGCCGACGCGUCUAUUGACAAGCUUCGCAGCAUGCUGCAGACGUGCAUUGCGGAGAAUGCCAAGCUGAAGAUGGAGACCGCCCAUCACAAAUUGCAAUACAACUUGCUUAGCCUCCAGGCCGACGAAGAUAUGAAGCGCGCGGCUGUCGAACACGAGAUGACUCGCCGGGAGGUUGAAGCGCUCAGAGUGGCCGAACACACACGACAGGCACGACGCGACCUCGAUGCUGCUUCGGAAACCCAGCAGACAAAGUUCAUGCAACUGAAGGCCUUGUACGAUCAAAGGGUGGAAGAGGUGGAUUUCCUGAACCGAAAACUCAAGGCUGCCAGAAAAAUUAUACAGCAGAAGGAGGACGAAAACAUCAGUCUCUGCGAUGAACGGGAACUUCUUUUAAACCGAAUUCGUGAGAACCGCCAACACUUCCAGAUUCUAUGCAGUCCCGGAGGCAUGUUCCAUGGCGCGACAAUAGGGAGGCAGACAGUUGCGGUUACCGCGCCUUCUCAACCGCCACACCACACUCCACCUCGGCCGACACCUCGAACCGUCUAUCGGGAAGCUCAGGCUCGCGCCGACAAGGACCACAGCAAAGGCAACUUUACCAUGCUUCUUCAAGCUAUCGACCAGGAAAAUACCAGUACCCCGUCGACACCUCAGGGGUUGUCUCACAACGCUGCCAGGCAUACGCGAAAUGCUCAGUCCAUGUCGUCCCUUCCUACCACCCCAACACAGCGCCUGCGUGGUGAGACAGGCGGACUUCUGCCAUCUGUUGAUCUGGUGCCACAAACCGAGCCCCCGUACCGUCCCAACCGAUAUGUGCCUGAGACACCUGUUCGAUCUGCGACCCGAGACCGACGCAGGAGCCGGGAAAGCACAAUCUCGGCCGAAGAUAACGAGGAGCUCGCUCGCCAGGCUCUCCAGUCAGUAGCAGCCGCUUCCUUUGCCUCCCGUAGCUCGCAGCACCAGUUGGGUCCUAUGCAACGAAACCCGACCAAUGAGGAAGAAGAGGAAGCCUUUGAGAGCCAGGCCAGCCAAGCUGCGACGCAGAUGCUUCGUCGUGACCCCCGAGAGAGCUUUGAGGUAGCCAGCUCGGUUGAGCACUCGCGGAACGGCACGCCAGCGCCAGCGGAUAAGACCGCAAAGCUGCAGGCGAAGCUGUUCGGCGGGCUCAAUAAGAGUGGGGUGUCGAGCGGCGAGAAGCGCAAGUUUGCCGGACACGGUGACCCAAUAGAAGAGUUCUCACUGCGGGAUAGGUUGAGCCCGACGAAGAAGCUGAGGACCGUUGGGGGACUGCGCGAUCCGAGCAAGGUUGGACUUGGGAUCCAGUACAGCCAAGACGCAUAGUGUUGAGAUUGUUGGCUCGCUUGCAUUACGCCUCAACACCGACGUUUGAUAUCUUAGUUUUUGCUUUCUGUCGUCCCAAUUUUGGCUGAUGUUGGAUUAUCGCUUUGGAUUAUGAAGAAUGUUGGGCCGGUUUGAGAGCAUUGUCGGCUUGAAAUCGUUAUGUAUGGUGUAUUGCCUCACGGGAAUCUCUGCAGAGGAAUGAUGCAUUUGCCAGGUGGGAAGAAAAGGGACAUGAGGACAGUCAGCUUCGCCCUACAACAUGGUAUGAAGAACGGGCUGUUGAAUGCAGCAAACGAGAGCAUAUCCUUCUGUACAGUCAGUCAUUGUUGGACGAGGGUGUAUUGAGUUUCAAGUUCUCCUCCUCUGGGGUCAGAAAUCGUUGCUAUUUGUUUGCCCCAUGUUGUUCUACCCCUGGUUUUCUGUUGAUGUCACUGCGUCUUGGCUUUAGCCAACGCUUUGUUCACUCUUAUCAGGCCGAUACGCAAAUUCCUUUCUGUCCACUUCUUGAUCACUAUGCUUUUCGAUGUUGCUAUGCGGUAGAUUCGUAGUGCACGGGAAACUUCAACAGGAGGCUAAAAGUGGGACUAUAGAUCUUCCCCCCGGGCU